UCCUGGCCAAUAGUAGAGCUUUUUAGAUGGGGUUUUCAACUCGUGCAGUCACUGCCACAGUCGACCGACGACCAUUAAAAAUCUUAUUUCCUUGUGAAAAUAAUUUGUGCUUCUCAGGUUAAUUCAUAAUAAAAAUGGCCGGUGGAAGUGCAGUAUCAACAGUUGCCAAGCCUGUAAUGCGUGGCCUCCUGGACAAUGCUAUUAAGAGAAAUCUUAUCAUUUCUCUGGCCCUUGCUGGUAUAUCUGGAUUUGCCUUCCAGCAGCUUGUUGCUAGUGAGCGGAAGAGGAAGUAUGCUGAAUUCUAUAGGACAUAUGAUGCUGAGAAGGAAUUUGAAGAAAUGAAAGCCAAGGGUCUGUUCCAGUCCUGUUAAGAUGUGAACUUAUUUGUGUAGUAUAAUUUUCCUUUAUGUAAAGUAUGUAAUUUAAAAUAAAAAUCAUUUCACUUAA